AUGGCCGAGCCAGCACUAGUUCAACGGCCAUUAGAGCCUACUAUCUCCCCUCAAUCACUUUCGAAGGCACUCGAACACCUACGCCCUUUCAACCUAGGACCUAGCUCGAACCCGAACCAACGCGGGGCCGACAAGACCACCGAAUAUAACACACACGCGACAAACGCCGAUCCAGAAAAUGGGUCAGCUCAUCAACAUGCCCACAAUGGCACAGAAUAUACAAAUGCCAAUGCCGACGCCAUCCCUCAGCUCCCGAUCGUGAUCGAGCGCAUUCACGCCCGUGUGCAUGCAUUCCUAGCGGAGUCACAUCCCCCCGACUCGCUCCUCGCCUCGGUCCAGCGCCAAACCCGCACCUCAUUGGAAGUCGUCGCAAGCGCAGUGGCCCAGUACCAACUCUCGGGUCUGUCGCUGUCCUAUAACGGAGGCAAAGAUUGUCUCGUUCUCCUUGUCUUGUUCCUGGCUGGUCUCCACCCAUACAGUAGCCAUGCGGCAUCCGCGGAUACCAAUACUUCGAUCGAUAAUCCUGUCAUCCCUGCCAUAUAUGCUCUUCCUCCUGAUCCAUUCCCCGCGGUGGAAGACUUCGUUAUCAGCUCCGCACAAGCUUAUCACCUCUCAAUAACCAAAUACACUACCGAACCACCCCAUACAACUCUGCGCUCCAGCUUUGAAGACUACCUCGCACGUCAUCCGAACGUUCGUGCUAUAUUUGUGGGCACUCGACGAACAGAUCCGCACGGGGCGACGUUAACGCAUUUCGACCGAACCGAUGGUGGAUGGCCUGAUUUCAUGCGCAUUCACCCGGUCAUUGAUUGGCAUUAUGCCGAAAUCUGGGCGUUCAUUCGUCAUCUUGGGUUGGAAUAUUGUCAGCUCUAUGAUAUGGGGUAUACCAGUCUUGGGGGAACUUCGGAUACGUUGCCAAAUCCGCGCCUGAAGGUGGAGGAUGAGAAGGAUGGCGAGGGGGUUUAUUUACCGGCUUAUAAGCUGAUGCAAGACGUGGAAGAGAGGCUUGGUCGGAAUUGA